CGGUGGCUCUGUUGGAAUUCCUGCCAACGAUCAAAACAAACCGUUAGGCAACGAUCAAAACAAACCGAUCGUUGCCAUGUGCCUAAUUGGCAUUCUUUCGAUUUUGGGGCGCCACUUCCUGGACAGCUGGCUAUUAUCCUGCGUAGGAUAAUAGCCCCCCAUCAACUGUCACGUGGGAUUGGAAUUCGGAGCAAUUCCAUCGAUCGCGGUAAUGACCCGUUCAGUCGUUUUUGGGUAUUUAUUGAAGACACAACACCAGUUUUCACCGGUCAUUUAUUAUCCUGACGGUGUCUCCAAUACAAUAAUAGUAGCAGCAGACGAGUCCUUCGACUAUUUCUCGGAGGACACUUGCAGAUUUGAGAUUUCCGAGGUGUGAAAAUUUUUAUCAGAUAAGAGACUAUUCACUGAAUGUCUCCUAGUUGAAAUUUUCACCAAACAUGUCGAAAAUUCGCAAACUCUCGAUCCGUGGAAUUCGCAAUUUCUCUGAUACAGAGGAAUCCACGAUAGAAUUCAACUCUCCCCUGGCCCUUAUUACGGGUCUCAAUGGCGUUGGUAAAACCACUGUCAUCGAGUGUCUCCGCUACAUAACAACUGGAGAAUUUCCCCCAGGCUCAGACAGCGGUAUGUCUUUUAUUCACGACCCUAUGUUGAAGAACCAGACAUCAGUACAAGUGCGAGGUUGUGUAAAAGGGGAAAUAAUUGAUUACGAGGGCAAAAUUAUCACCGUGAUAAAGACAAUCGAGUACUCUCGAUACGAGAAGCAACGGAAAUUCAAGAUCCUCGAUAAUACUGUCAGCGUUCUCAAUCCGCAGACUGGAGAGGAGACGCAGCUGACGAAUCGGUGUGCCGACGUUGACGUCAAAGUGAUGAAUUCUCUGGGGGUGUCAAAAGCGAUAUUGAACCACGUGAUCUUCUGUCAUCAAGAUGAGGCCAAUUGGCCACUGGAUGAAAAUAAGAUGGUCAAGGAGCGAUUCGAUGCCAUCCUGGGGAUGCCGAUCUCCAAUAAAGUUGUGGAAAAUUUUCGGGGGGUGGCAAAGCUCACAGAAGCCGACCUGAAGAUCGCGCAAAUCGAAGAAGCAAGAUGUGCUGACAAAGUUACUGAAAUCAUAGCCAAGGAGGAGAAGCUGGAUGAAUUUAACAAGAGGAAGAGUGAAAUUGAGAAGAAUAUAAAGAAGAUAAACUCUGAGUUGGAGUCGAGAAACGAAAGACUGCGAAAGAUUAGGCAAAUUGAGACUGAGUUCACCAGACUGAAAGCUGAAGAUGAGAAGGAUAAAAUAGCGUACAAAAGGGCUCAUGAGCAGUGCGAAUCAUUGCAGUCGAGGUUAAAAGAGAUUUACGAGGGGAAUGACGCGGAGUUGAAUAAAGAAAUAGAGUCUUACGAGAGUACAGUUCAACAGAAGAUUCGGAGGAUCGCUGGGAUCGAGAAAGAGAUUAAGGAUCUUUUGGGGAGUGAACUGAGUCUUUCGAAAGUCAUACAAGAUCACAGGAAACUCAGGGGGACUCUGCGACACCAAAUGGAGGGUCAGGGGAAGGAGAUAAAGGAGAGGAAUCAAGUCCUGAACACAGCACUCGCCAUUUGGGGCUUGGAGACCAUGGAGGAUUUUGAGUCUGAUGGUGAUGUUCAAAGAAGGAUUGAUUCUAUUGAAACUAAAACAAAGGAGUUUAAGAAGUCUAUUACCGAUAAACAAAUGAAGCAAAAUCAGAAGGAGAAUGCACUGGAGAAGAAAGUAAAAGCUGCUCGUGACAAACGAUUGACCAUUACUUCCGAAUUGGAGAGGAGUGAGAAAGAAGUACAGGAGAUGAGAAGGACGAUUGCGGAGGCUCGAUUGAAGAUUGAACAAUCUGAUGACUCUGUCAAACGACUCGAUUCUGUUGGUGCUACGCUCGCAGAGAUGGAUAAUGAGAUCAAGAAAAUCCAUGAUUUGAUGGCGUCUGAGGAUCUUCCCGAUAAAAUCACGAAGGCGAUGAGGCAGAUCGAGGAGAUCGAGGAGAAAUCUAAAAAGCUUGAGGAGGAUAUGAUAGUGGUGCACAAUCAAAGUACUCUAAACGUGAAACUGGAAUCAUUGAAAUCAAAUUUUCAGGCCAAAAGUAAAUAUAUUGAACAACUGAAGUCACAACACGAGGAGAAUAUAAAAAAAUUAUUGAAAACGGAUUCAGUACCAGAGUACAAUCUGAAAGAGACCAUCGAGGAGGCCCAGAAAUUUUUUUCAGAGAGGGUGGAACGAUUAUCCAAAGAGAUUAACACGAAAGAGUACGAAUUGAUGGCGGUGGAUACAGCCCUGAUCUACGCCAAGAUGGAACUGAAUGUAAAAAUCACAAACAACGAAUGUGAGAAAGAAAAGGUGAAAGCUCACUGCGAGAAUUACACGAAGUACGAUGAAGUCCUGCUAGAUCAGCAGGCAAAACUUAAGGAGUUACAGGAUAAGAGAGGGGUGAUUGCUCACGAGGGGUUUGCAUACCAGACCUACGUUAAGGAGUUCAACAGGAACUCUUGCUGUGCCUUAUGUGAGAGGGACUUUGACUCGCAUCCAGAAUCCCAGAAGCUCCUGAAUAAAUUGAAAAAGGGAAUACACGACCACCCAAGCUCAUUGACAAAAUGUGACGGAGAAUUAAGCAUCGAACAGGAGAAAUAUAAUGUUCUUCUCUCAAUAAAAUCGACGGUUGAAGCCAUCAUUAAAUUCGAAGCAGUUGACAAAGAAGAUAUGGUCAAAAAAAUCAAGUUGAAGGAGCAGGAUGCCCUCGAACUAAAGCGAAAAAUAACAGAACUGAAGCAAUCAAAAUGGAAGCCUGAGAGGAGUAUUGAACUGGCGAAAUUGAUGAUUCCAGAUGUGACAAUUUGGGAUCGUUAUUCUCAGGAUCUCCUACAGAUUGAUGUUGGUAUUAACGACCUCCAGGAGGAGAUGUCCUCUCGAGGACACACUAGCACCAAAACGAUGGCAGAGAUUCAGGCAGAGAGAGAGUCCUUGAAAACAUCUAUGAAAGAAACGCGUGAGAAGAUCACUGAAUUGACAAGUACCCUCGAGAGUAGGAAUGCACAGCUUCACAAAGCAAUGGCAAUGAAAACUAAGUGCCUGGAGGAAAAACUACAAAGACAAGAAAAAGCUGAGCAGCUAGAAAACCUAAAGGCCGACCUGAACGACACGAUUACUAAGGAAGGCGCUUUGAAGUCGUCAGUUCGAGAACUUCGCCAGCAGCUGAUGGUAGCUGACGAGCAGUGCAGCGAGCUUGUGAGAGAACUAUAUGAUUUGAAAUUGAAAAAUCAAAACGACCAGGAGAACGACAGGAUGCUGAUGAAGGAUUACGAAAAGCAAUGGGAUUCUCUCAAGUCUCUCCAGGAAAAGAUCGCCCUCUUCAACUCUCGCAAUGUGAAGAGACAGUUGGAGAGUCUCGAUCAUGAGGUGAAAGUUCUGCAAAAGGAUUGUGAGGAGAAGGAACAAAAGAGAUUUGAAAAGGAGAAGCAGUUGACCCAGAUGAUAGAAGACAACGUAGAACUGCGAAAAUGCCAGAAGACUCUUACACAACUCCAACAAACUCAUAAACACCGAGAGGAAGAAAUUAAUCUCCUGAACUAUGAGGAGGUCAUGAGAGAGCAGGAGGAGUUAGUGAGGCACAUCCAGGAGGCAGGGGGAGAGAUAAACAUGGCCUCUGGGAUCAGAGGAGACAUUAUGAAAAAAAUAGAUCAGUUGAAUGAGGAACUGAAUACCGAAGAGUGCAAAACAGCUCGCACAGCCCACCAACACAAAAGUAUCGAGGUCCUUGUUACCAGAAAAGCUAUUAAUGAUUUCAUAGCGUCUGCAAGAGUACUGGACGUAAGCACAACAGAGGUUCACAAGAAGAGACUAAGGACGAUUAAUUCGGCAAUGGAGAAGCUCUGGAAGCUCAUUUAUUCGGGAAAUGACAUUCAGUCUAUUCAAAUCAAAGCUGAGGCUACUUCCACGAGUGGAGUUACUGACAAGAGACAAUUUAACUACAAAUUGGUGCAGAUCAAGCAUGGUGUCGAGAUGGAAAUGAGAGGCCGGUGCAGUGCUGGUCAGAGGGUACUCGCCUCUAUCAUUCUUCGAUUGGCUUUGGUUGAAACACUGUCUCAACAAUGUGGAAUCCUCGCUCUCGAUGAACCCACGACUCAUUUGGAUUUCAUGAAUUCGAAGAAAGUCGCUGAUGCUCUUUACAGAUAUCUCGCCUACAAGGCACAAUAUGAGGAGAAUUUCCAGCUGAUUGUUAUCACUCAUGAUCAAAAUUUUAUCAAGAGAUUGAGUAAAUUGACCUCGCAGAGCUGUGCUCAGAAACUCUACAUGACGGAUAAUGGGCUGACUAGUGUGAGAAGGACGUUGCUAAACAGGCAGAACGAGGUCGAAGUAGUAGAGAUAGAGGACGAACCUGAGAAUAGACCUGAAACGCAGCCAUCAGGAUCCAGGCAGGGAGCCAUCGCUGGCGAUGGACGUUCCGAAGAAACGAACUCAACCGUACAACUUUGAACUUCAUUUCUCAAAAUACCUAUUAUUUUUUGUCAUUAAAUUUUGUAUUUGUAUUGGGGAAUCGAAAGGAAGAUUUUUGUUUUGAGAAGAAGCAAUGCCUUUUCAUCAUCAAAGCAUUCUGAACUGUGAAUAAUUUGUUCUCUGUAUAAUGUUUCAUUGAUAUUAAUUUUCGUUUGUAUAUCUCCAAAGUAAAUAAUAAAUA